UUUUGAUUCAUUUCACAACAAUUAGCUCUUUUUUUCUUCCGUGUACUACUUGUCCCUCCCUCUCUCUUCAACAUGACUCUCUCGCCGCAGCUUGUCACGGCAACGAUUCAGGAUGACAAGGAUUUGGCCAAGGCAGUGCAGGACCUGGUCACGACUUACCCAGACACUGCUGGAGUAAUGACAAGAUUGCUCACAUACUUUCAGAUCAAGCAAUCAGGAUCUCCCUCCAAGCCUGUACAAGGAAUCGCUCAAUACUUUAACAGGACUCCCUCUGAAGCCACAACAACGGGGUCCAACAUAUCCACUGCGGUUGCAACAGCGCCAGCAAAGCUUAAUACAACAAUUGAGGACAUUGGUCCUGCUAUCUACUCCACCUCCCCUCAAUCGUUUUUGCAUCCUAUCCGCAAGAAACUAGUCCUCUCUUUCCAUCAACGAGAUCUAGCUCUCAUUUCCGCUGCCAACAACACAAAUAAUACAGAAAUUAUCUGUAGUGCACCCUAUGAAUCUCUCUAUCGUGUCAUUGCAGUACCGUUUUUAGAACGCACCACCAAACAGACAGCAUUAAUCUUGUUUUUUAAACACUCUGGAAUUAGUACAGGCAGCAGCAAGGACGCCGUCUGGGCCGUACCCUUGGCGGACGACGGUAAAGAUUUUACACUCGAGUUUCAUAAACAACAUCAACAGCUUGUAGGACUUGAGGAUGAUUUACGAUCAAUGUCAGCUGACUCUUCUGUGGUUGCUACGAACAAAAAGAAACAGACUCCGCCGAUCCCUUUCAUUACAGGCUCCAAACGACCUGACCCCAUCAUAAUUUCAAUUCUUUCCUAUUUUCUGCAUCGUUCCAAUCCAACCAACUAUAACUCUUCUGCGAUCGAUAUCAUUGCAAGUCGCACACAAGCAUACCCCAAUUUCUCUGCACAUUUAAAAUCAAAUCAAGGAACGAUGUAUUUACUCCCAACAGGGAUCCUGUUUGCGUUCCGGAAGCCUAUUCUCUUCAUGCGAUCAGCUGUGAUAGAAGCAAUUGGUUUUCAUUCUGUCACGUCAAGAACAUUUGAUAUGGAGAUUGUGAUGGACAAUACCAGCGGAAACGCUACAACAGAAGAUCUUGAGGGCGUCCCACAAGAGACUAAGGGUGAUAACCGUCGAGUAGUAGGCUUUAGUAUGAUUGAUACUAAGGAAUUCGGUCAAGUUGAAGAAUGGAUCAAGAAGGCUGGGAUUCGAGACAGAAGCUUGAGUGCAGAUCUAAAAGCGAAGGAUAAAGGACCCACGACUGCAUCUUCUUCUGCAAGUUCCAAGAAGAGAGAACGAGCUGCAGAUGAUGAUGAUUUAAUGUCUGAAAGCGCUAGUCAAUCAUCACAACAGAGUGAAGCGAACACGAAGAAAAAGCAACGUGGAAUAGCUGCAGGGGCAGGAGCGGGGGCAGCAGCAGGAGCGACAAUCUCGGCUAACCCUCUGGAUGACGAUGACGAUGAUGAAGAUGAUGAGGAUUUUGCACCGGAAAGCGAAGAUGAAAUUAUGGAAGAAUAUGAUUCGGAUGCAGAGGGCAGUGACAGUGAUAAUGAAAAUGGUGAAGAUGUUAGUACCACAAAUAAGAAAAAAUCUAAGAAACAGCAAGUAGUUGAAGAGGAUGAUGAAGAGGAUUUGGAGGAAGAAAGCCUUGGAGAAGAUACAGAUGAAGAUGAGGAUGAAGAUGAAGAUGAGGAUGAUGAUGGAGGCGGAGACGGGGACGAAGAAGAGGAAGAUGUGGACGGAGGAGGCAAUGAUAAUGACCAUGACGGCCAAGAGGAAGAAGAUGAGGAUGAGUUGGAAGAAGAAGACGAAGAUAUAGAAGCUCCUUCGCGGCAUAGGAAUGAUGACGAAGAAGAAGUUGAUGAGUUGGACGAAGACUGAGUGACAGAUUACUACGGAU